GGUGGUGGUGGGGGAGGAGGAGGCGGCGGAGGUGGACUAUGGUAUGGAUGAAGCAGAGCAAGACCAGUAUGAGGCCCGUCUGAAGGAGCUGUUUGACAGCUUUGACUCCACAGGUACUGGCUCCCUGGGACAGGAAGAACUGACGGAUCUCACUCAUAUGCUACAUCUGGAUGAAGUUGCGCCUGCAUUGCUUCAGACCCUUCUUCAGGAUAACCACAGUGGCAGGGUACACUUUGAACAGUUUAAAGAAGCCCUGAUUCUGUUUUUAUCCACAACUUUUUCAAAUGAAAAGAAUUACCAAGAAAGAGAUGCCUCAUCAGAAGUUAAGCCAAAGUAUGUCAAAGAUGGAAAGCGUUAUGGACGACGAUCCACACCAGAGUUUACAGAGGUGACAGUAAUUGAACCACUUUCAAAUGAAGCCCAACAUGAAAACACAAUUUCUGAAGACUGUGGUGAGCACUGGCAAACCUCUUCCAAGAAUGGGGAGGAGUAUGAAGCAGAAGGUCAGCUGGGGUUCUGGAAUCCAGAUGACUUAAACACUCCACAGGGUGUGUUCUCACUGUCCCAGGACUGGAUUGAAGAGAAGCUUCAGACAGUUUGUGAAGAUCUGAGGAUUACAAGAGAAGGACAGUUGAGCAGGAAAGAGCUGAUUUCUGUCUGUGAGCAGUAUGGUCUUCAAACCAUUGAUGGGCAGGUGCUGGAAGAUGUUUUUCAGAAGCUUGAUGAAGAUGGCAUGAUGAAUGUCAGUGAUUUCUUCUAUGGGGUCUUUAGAAAUGGGAAGCCACCAACUCCAUCCUCUUCCACUCCAUAUAGACAUUUAAAACGACACCUAUCAUUUCAGCCCUUGGAUGAAAGUGGACGGCGCACAGCUACUCCGUCUAUUAUGUCUAAUAUGAUUGGCCUUCGUUUGUUGUCUUACCUGGAUGAUGGAACAGGCUAUACUUCUACAGAGCAAAUACUUGACAGCUGGCAUGAAGAAGGAAUUGAAAACAGCCAUGAAAUCUUAAAGGCUUUGGAUUUUGGUUUUGAAGAGAGAAUUAGUCUGGCUGAACUGACAAUGGCUCUGGAGAAUGAACUUCUGAUUACAAAGAAUGGAAUCCAUCAGGCAAUCCUGGUCUGCUUCAAGAAAGAGAUAAAACACUUACUAGAGAAAGUUGAUCAGGUUAUUCGAGAGAAGGAAAAACUGCGAUUAGAUUUGGAAAAAGCAGAGAAGUUUAAAACUCAGAUGGCGUCAGAAGUUGAUGACCACCAUGCAGCAAUAGAACGUCUGAAUGAAUGCAACCUCAGGAAGCUGGAUCAAGAGUACAGGGAUCGCAUUACAACAUUAAGGAAUGAGUUCACCAAAGAGAAAGACCAAAUUUUACAGCAGGCCACUAAGCAAUGUGUGGAACUUGAGCAAGAAGUGGAGAAAGGAAAAGCGGAAGAGAGCUACCUCCGAGAUAGGCUUACACUGUCACUAAAGGAAAGCAGCAGACUUGAAAAAGAACUGUUGGAGAAUGCUGAAAAGUUAGCAGAGUAUGAGAGUCUGGUUACGAAUCUACAAGGUAACCUGGAGAACAUUUUGAAGGAGAAGUUUGGAGACCUUGAUCCCAGCAGUGCAGAGUUCUUCCUACACGAGGAGAGAUUUGCUAAAAUGAAAAAAGAACAUGAGCAGCAGUGCAGGACACUCCAGGAUCAGAUCGAUGAACUGCAGUCAGAACUAGAGGAGUACCGGACACAAGGCCGAAUGUUGCGGUUUCCUAUGAAAAGUGGUGCUUCCGAAGACCUAGAGAGUAAGGGUGGAGCUGCAGAAUCAGAUCAAGGAAUUGAUUCUGAAGAAUGUUAUCCACUAAAUGUGAGCUUAGAGACCGAAAUGGCAAUAGAACAGAUGAAGGAACAGCAUUACCAAGAAGUAGAACACUUGAAGCUGCAACUUGAAGAACAAAGAAGACUUUGAGAGAAAGGUUGGACUGCUACAGGGAUCUAUAAAGGACUUGGAGGCAGAGAAGGAGAUGCUUUCAGACCUACAGUCACUGUAUCAGCAAGUUGUAGAGGAAAAAGAUGAUCUGUCAUCUGAAUUAUCUGGACUAAAGCAACAGAUGCAGGACUUGCUGCAUAGCAAGGAAAGAAAAAGAGAAGCAAAUGGAAACACCAAAAAUGAGAUUACAAUAAAAACGUCAGAGACUGCAUCACUGGAAGAAAAUGAUGGUACAACCUCUGAAAAUGCAGAAGUUAAUCCUAUGACUUCAGGUGGAAUGAGUAAUACUUGCCCUCUUAUAUCUGAGCUUCAGCGUAGAAUGAGAGAAUUUGAAGUAGCUCUUGAGGACCUACCUAGGCUACAGGAAUCCUUUAGAAAAGCAGAAGGUGACAACUACAGUCUUUCUAUUUGUUUAUCUCGGCUUCAGGAAAACUUAGUUGACCUGGCAAGAGUACCUGGACUGCAUUUUGAUUUUUCUUCAGUUAAUGAUCCUUGCGAGUAUGACAGUUAUGUUGAAAUUGUUAAAAAUAUUUUCCUUGACCAGAAUGAAAAACUAAAUGAUAUGAAAGCUAAGCUGCUUGCCUAUGGAACUAAGACACUGGAGAUAUCUGUUGCUAAUACAGCAGUGGACAAAGAAAGAGUUGAGAUUUCCAGCUUACAAAAGUGCAUAACAGAAUUAGAGAGAGAAAAUCUUACGCUUCACGAAUUGCAGAGUAUGCUUGAAGAGGCAAAAGGGAAAAAUAAAGACUUGGAGAGCAAGAUUUUCCAGUUGCAAGAAGAGAGGAGGAGACUAGAGGAGGUGACGCUUCCAAAUACAGGACUACUGAAUCUACAGGUUGUAGAGGAGAAUAAGAUGAGGACAUCUAAGUUAUUAAGGCCGUUGCAGCAGACACAGGAGUUGAGUCACAAUACAGCACAAACACACACAGAACAGGUACAGGAAAAUGUGCUUGUUGGUGUAAAUUCUACUUUGCUUGACGAAGGUACAGAGCAUAAACAAGAACAAAGUGAAGCCCCUGAAGAAGAACUUGGACACCAUGAAGCCUCAGACAAAAAACAGACCACCUAUUCAAUAUUUGAGCUUCAGAAGAAAAUAAGGGAACUUGAAGCAGCUCUCAGAAAGCUUCCAAAGCUACAGGAAGCUCAUAACAAUGCUGAACAAGAAAACCAUAAUCUUCGUGCUCAUUUAAUUCGUCUACAAGAAAAGAUAACCGAUCUCAAAAGACAUCCACAAGUACAUUGUGAUGCGUCUUUCUCAAGUGGCCUAACUUGGGAAGAAAAACUUCAAAUGGAAAAUGAUCGACUGAUUGACCAAUGUCAAGCACUACGUGCUGACGCACAGGAAAAACUAUAUUUCAAGACAAAAUAUGAACAGUGCAAGAAAGAAAACAUUGAGCUAAAUAAUGAAAUCACAAAGUUACAUGACAAAGUGGAGAAAUUAGAAGGGAGUGUUCAGGAGUUUAUUCAGCAGUAUCAAAGUGAACCAGUCUCUACCAUUGAGGUAGGUAAUGCACAAAAGACUGAAGUUGAGGACAGUAUUGCGGUACUCAAAAACUUACAGCAAGAGUGUGACAGAUGUGAUAAAGUAGCAGCAGAAGUCAAAACAGAAAAUAAGAAACUGCAAAAACUGAAUUAUGAGUUAAAGAAACAGUUGCUGUCUGUUUCUAACCAGCAGGAUCAGUUCAUAGAGCUAGAAAAGAAGAACCAUGAACUAGUAUUGACAGUUCAUAAUCUGCAGGAAAAGUGCAUCCUCUUACAAAAGAAAAUUGGAUUACAAAGAUGUGAAGUAGAGAAACUCGCAGCAGAAAAUGCCGCACUGAAGCAAGAAAUAACCAUUUUAAAAGAGGAAAACUGCUCAUUCCAAAAGCUGCAGCAGUUGAACUGGACACAGGAAGAAAUGCAGCAAAAAGUAAAAAUGGCAAAAAAAGAAAAUGUAACAGCUCAGAGAAUGUUGGAAAAACUACAGAAACAGGUGACAGAUCUGAAGGCCAAAAAUCUACAGCUUGAAGAUGAGAAUAUUCAACUGUGCCAAAAGAACUCCAAGAACAAGUCAGAUGUGCGUGAUCUGAGUAUAAGGUUAGCAGAGCUUCUGAAGCAAACGGAGAAGAAGGAGAUGGACAAACAUCAGAAGAACGAGGCGUGGGAACAAGAGAGACAAAGACUUAUGCAGGAACAGGAGAAGAGCAAUGCCAAGUCCUCAGCCAUGCUGUCUUCAAUGGAAGCAGAGCUUUCAAAAAUGAAGCGUGUCAACCACUUACUGGAGAAAGAUAAUGCUGUCCUAAAGCAGGAACUGGAAGAUGUAGAACAGCAGCUGGCAAGAUACACAUCUCUGGAAAGUGAGCGUGCAGAGGCAAUAAGUAAGACUGAGAAGCUGCUAAGAGAGAAGGAAACGCUGAGCGAGGAGUUAAACCGAUAUGUGGAUAAGGUGGCCAGAGUAAGCAUUUUGGAGACUCAGCUUGCCAGUGUCAAGCAAGAAAAAAAGUCUGUGGAGCAACAGCUACACAAAUCUGCUGCUCGAUGUACAAUACUCCAAGAAAAGCUUCAGUCUUCUGAGGAAUCUCUGCAGAAUACUAACAUUUCAGUGGCAAGGCUGAAAUCUGACUUGCGGGUGGCUUGUCAGGAAAAUGAGGCACUCAGACAAGAAGUGAUGGCACUUCACAAACAGCUACAGAAUGCCAAUGAGAAGAAUAAAGUAUUGGAGAUGACAAUUAAUUCACCUGGGUUCCAGAACAAGCAAAAGGGGCAGUACUGGGAUGAGCUAUCCCGACUGAUGCAACAAGAGCAGCAGUUACUGAGGCAAGAGAAUGACAGGCUGCAGAAGGAACUGCGGGACACCAAAGGAGAGUUAACUCACACCCGUGAAAAGGUUCGACAACUGGAUGCACUAGUAAUUUCCCUAAAACAACAGAAGCACCAAAGCCAGUCCAGUAUGGUGAAAGCUGUGGAACAGGAGAAGCAGAGCUUAAAGAGGGAAUGUGACAAACUUCAGAAGGAGCUUUCUGUGGCCAACAAGAAGCUCAGCCAGCUGAAUUCUUUUGAGCAAGAACUGGAUACCUUUCACAUUGAAAAGGAAAAACUAAGGAGCCAGCAGCUGAAACUAGAUGGCCAGUUGAAGGAGAUGCGUCAUUUUCAGCCUAGCUCCAGGCCAGGCUUAGUUCGCAGCCAGUCCCACCAUCUCUGUGAGCAUCAACUCCAAGAUCAGGUCUGCACAAUGGUGCCCAAAGAGGAGUUUGUUCAGCUUCAGCAGCGACUACAGCAGGCUGAGAGGAGAAACCAGCAGCUACAGGAAGAGCUGGAAAACAGGGUACCAGAAGUGAACAUGCAGCAGGAUGGUCCUGGCCAGCUUCUAAUGAGUAUGGAGGCACGAAUGGUGGAUGUUGAACAGAAACUGAGGGCUGUGAAGGCUCUUCUUCAAGACAAGGUGAACCAGCUGAAAGAACAACUGUCCAGGAAUGUUAAAGCAGAAGAAAGGAUAAAGGACCUUUAUGUUGAGAACUCUCAGCUCCAUAAAGCUUUGGAAAUGACUGAGCAGAGGCAUAGAGUUGCUGAAAAGAAGAACUAUUUACUGGAAGAAAAAAUUUCAGGCCUUAACAGGAUAGUCAGGGAUUUAAAAGCAUCAUCCCUGCCAGCUUCUCCUCAUCUCCACCAUUUAAGAUCGUAGCUGAUGAAUCUGUCUGACUGUUGCCAAUUGUGAAAACUGUGAUGCACUUUAUAAGAGCAGAGAACUCUGUUUGCUGCCACUUCAGUAUGGAUGUAACUAGCCAUGUUUCAAACUGUGUAUAACCAGCUGUGGAUUUUGCUGUCAUGUUCUAAUACUGUAAAUGUUGGCAUGUUGGACAUAAGAUAUUAAAAUGCCACAGGACAAUGUUGUACUUUCACAGCGACCAAUUCCCAAGUGAUAAACGACCAUGACAAGUCAAGCACUGUCUGACACACACAACACUGUUGUGGGUAAUGUAACAGUAUUACAAUAAGGUUUAACACAAGUGAAGCUGCCUUAAAGACCAGCUGGUCUAUAAAAAUGUUUUUGUCUGCCAUAUUUAUUAUCACUAUAUUUUUAUUGUAUUGCACUGGCAUGAUAAUGUUCUUGUCUUACUGUGAAUGUGAAAAAAAUAGAAAAACAAGACAGACUCGCUCUUGUCUUCUGAAGUAAGCAGGGUCAUGUGGCUGAAACUGGGGUACACAUUUAUUUAUUUAUUUAUGUUUUUAUGUACAUUUUAUAAGGGUUAGACCACUGUUUACUCCCUAAUUUCAGUCCACUUUCACUUAGCCUUCAUUUGCAAGGAUGAAUCCAUUUUCAUUCCUGGAAAGUGAUAAGUGUUACGGCUUUUUGCACAACAGAGAUGGAAUGGAAGCAGAGGGGUGACUCAUUGCUUGCAGACUUGCUAGAGGUUGACUGGCACCUUUUCAUUGUCAAUAGUCUGUACCACUUAGUGGUUCAUGUGGGGGAGAGCAACCAAGGGCAGAGUUACUGCUGAGAAAGAGAAUGCACCACCUAGUGGUUCAUGUGCAGAGAGCAAACUGCUGAGAAAGAGAAUGCUGCAUGUAAUCUGCCCUUUCAUAGCCACCUGCCAUCUACCUCAGUAUGUCAACUAAGCAGAUAAGCAUAAUAGAAAAAUAAGUACAUUCUGAACCUAUCCCACUGCCUUAAGUAAUUCUAAGCUUCAGUUGCUUUAACAAUUGAUGUUAUGAAAAAGAUGACAUUUCUUCCCUCAAGUGUAUCUAAUUAUUUUAGAACUUAAUUUAAAACUGCAUUUGAUCCCUAUAUGUUUUUUGUUUUUGUUACUGAUAUCAAGAUGAGUUUUUAUACUAGCCUAUUUUGACUUGCUUGAGGAAUUCACUAUGUAUAAUGAAAUUUAAAAAUGUAUUUUUUAACAAAUUAAUAUUUCUCUCAGUUUUUAUAAGCACUUGUAUAUAUAAUUUUAAGAAUUUGAAUCUACUUCACGUGGUCAGUUUCUGAAUGAAUGAAAAUGUUUUUGAAUUGUUCUGGCUUCACUUGUAGAGACCAGAUUGUUCUGAGGCACUAUUAUGAUCUAAGUGACUAGGGUAUUUUGACUGUGUUUCUAACCAGUAGUAGUUUGUAAACCUCAGACCUGAAAUAGUUUAAAUUCUUUCUCAGAGUUUUAUUGAAUAGUUUAAUGAUGCUUGAAAAUGUUUGUUUACAUUUUCUGGCAAUCUAAAGUAUCCCAAUGUCUUCCUGAAAAUGUCACCAAUCGUUGCCUGAUUUGCCUUUGUAUGACCAUGGUAGUUAAGUACAAAGAUCUGCUGUCCUCUAAAAAUGCAUAUCUUUAUGUUCUAUGCAGUUUCAUUUUCUUGUUUUUUUUCCAAGGCAAAGUAAAUGAAAUAUCUGUAGGCAAACUAAAAACAAAUAAAAAUGCUUAUAUGUGUAGUGUCACUUGAACGUGCCACACAUCAAUGCCUUA